AGGGUCACGUCUCGGAACACCCCCUCAAGUUGAGUUCACAUUCAAGCUAGUCUUUUAUCACUCUUUCCUUCACUAAGCAUUCAUAUUCACAGUGUUGUAACAGCCCAUUAUAGAGGUUCUUUUUCUGCAUAGGCUAAGACCAUAUUGAAAUUUAUAUUGCUUGAGCUAAUCUUGCAUUUCAUUGGGCUUCCUGAUCCAAUUCGACAUAUGGGUUUGCUGAAACUUUCUUGAUUUGAAUUCACAAGCUUGAAUUGAGUGACAGGUCAUCUUGGAUUGUUGGUUUGGGGUUCAAAGAUUUGAACCUUUAUCAAUCCGUUACCUUUUUUUAGGCUUAUGAAUUGAGUGACGGGUGAUCUGGAAUUCUUAAUUUGGGGCUCAAAGAUUGAACUUUUAUCAAUUCAUUUGCUGUUCUUGAAUUAAUGAAUUGAGUCCCAGGUCAUAUUGAAUUAUUGAUUUGGGUUCAGUGAUUUGAACUUUUUUCAAUUUGUAAGCUGUUUUUGAAUGGAUGAAUUGAGUGACAGACAGGUCAUCUUGAAUUCUUGAUUUGGGUUUCAAAGAUAUGAACUUUAUAAAUUGGAUAGCUUUUUUUGGAUCAAUCUGAGAGAUGGGUUAUUUUCAGUUAUUGUUUUGUGUUGAAUAGUGGAAGAAACCGGGGUAAAAGAUGCGGCGGCGGGCAGCCGAUCAUCGGCGCCCGGUUCGAAGGAGGCUCAAAUGUUGGAUCUGCUCUCUUCUUGGAAUAUUUUUAAUUGCAGGUUUCAUAUUAUUUGUAGUUCAUCAUCACCAUGACCAAGAGGAUCACGUAGAACAGCCAAUUUUGGAAAGAGAGUCCAGGAAUGAAGAGGUUGUGCGUGAGCAUCUAAAUCUUACGCAAGAAAUUUCAAGUGCUAAUUCAUAUGCCAGACAGUUAGCAGAGCAGAUGACUUUAGCGAAAGCUUAUGUCGUUAUAGCUAAAGAGCACAACAAUCUUCAUCUUGCUUGGGAGCUAAGUUCAAAAAUAAGAAGUUGUCAAUUUUUACUCUCAAAGGCUGCAAUGAAGGAAGAGCCGAUUUCUGUGAAUGAAGCAGAACCAAUAAUACAAAGUCUGUCUUCUCUUAUCUUCAAGGCACAAGAUGCGCAUUAUGAUAUUGCAACCACUAUGAUGACAAUGAAAUCACACAUUCAAGCUCUAGAAGAGCGUGCUAAUGCCGCAUCUGUCCAAAGUAUGGUGUUUGGACAGUUAACAGCUGAGUCCCUUCCCAAGAACCUGCAUUGCCUAGAAAUCAAGCUCAUGGCUGACUGGCUUGCGAAGAAGUCACUGCAGGAUUUUGCUGAUGAAAGGAAAAACUCCCCUCGAGUAGUGGACAAUAAUUUGUAUCACUUCUGCAUAUUUUCAGAUAAUCUGUUGGCAGUUUCAGCAGUCAUUAACUCAACUGUGUCCAAUGCCGAUCACCCUAAGCAGCUUGUUUUCCAUAUUGUAACAGAUGCGAUACACUAUGGAAUGAUGCAGGCUUGGUUCCUAAAUAACGACUUCAAAAGUUCUACAGUAGAAAUACAGAAUAUCGAAGACUUGACUUGGUUGAAUUCAUCUUAUUCUCCAGCUUUAAAGCAGCUGAGAGAAGUAGACUCCAGGAAUUAUUACUUUGACGGGUCUGAGGACAUAAGUAUUGAGCCAAAGUUCCGGAAUCCAAAGUAUAUCUCCUUGUUAAAUCACCUUCGCUUUUACGUACCUGAGAUCUAUCCCCAGUUAGAGAAGAUAGUCUUUCUUGAUGAUGACGUGGUCGUUCAGAAAGAUCUGACACCUCUUUUUUCGUUGAAUUUGCAUGGAAAUGUGAACGGAGCAGUGGAAACUUGUCUUGAAGCUUUUCAUCGUUAUUACGAGUAUCUCAAUUUCUCAGAUCCACUCAUAAGCUCGAGGUUUGAUCCCCAGGCGUGUGGGUGGGCAUUUGGCAUGAAUGUUUUUGAUCUGAUGGCAUGGAGGAAAGCAAAUGUUACUUCACGAUAUCAUUACUGGCUAGAACAAAAUGCUGAUAGGACACUUUGGAAGCUGGGUACCCUUCCACCGGGACUGUUAGCUUUUUAUGGAUUGACAGAGCCGCUUGAUAGGAGAUGGCAUGUGUUAGGAUUAGGUUAUGACGUUAGUGUUGACAAUCGUCUCAUAGAGAGUGCAGCGGUAAUUCACUUCAAUGGGAAUAUGAAACCAUGGCUUAAGUUGGGCAUUACCAGGUAUAGACCUUUGUGGGAAUGGUAUGUAAAUCAGACUCACCCAUACCUUCGGGAUUGCGCCACACAUUGAAUUGCUAUAGUUUUCAUUCAUAAAGUAAUACAAUUGUAUUUUUACAUCA